CCGUCCCUCCAUUCUCCACGUGUGUUAUGCAUUUCUACGGUUCUGCAUUGCGACGGCGUGACGACUUUGGGGCUGGACAUGUGGGUAUGACGUGCUAGAUGGUUGAAGGACUGGGCUCGGACUGCAAGCCGGACUCGCGUAGCGUCGUUUUGGAUCGUUCGUUCGAGCGGGUUAUGGGAAUCAUAGGAUAAUGGACUAGGGGAAUUUUUCUCUUGCUUAAUUUUCUUCCCUUGGUGGAUAGGUCGCUGCGCCUGCGGGCCAGUGGUUGGGCGGGGUUCUGCGCCUUUGACGGGUGAGAAGGCCGGCUUCUUGAUCUGGGUCUCCGUGUGGUAUCCGAUGCUUCUUUCUUCUUCUUCCUCAUGUCCAGAUUUUGGUGAUCUUUCUCGCUUUUGACACUUCUUUUUUUCCCUCAUUGUUCUGGCCUCGUAGAGCCAGUUUGCGCCCCGCGAUAUCUUUCGACGUUUCAACGGUUUAAAACUGGGGGAAUCGAUAGAUCAAACCAUCUUUAGGCGAAAUUUCCCGGCGGUGGACUUGCUUGCUGGAUCGAUCGAGCUGAAAAGACAGAGAGGCUUUGAGCACUCCUGUGUCGCGAACAGUAAAACCUUUGCGAUAUCAAGGAUUGCUCAUUCCCGCGCGUGGAUUUGAGCACCUGCAUCAUAACGACAUAGCCGUAACUUGAUCGACCGGGAACGUCUCUUUUUAUCGACGAUCUCAGCUCGGAGGGGCUGGGGAGAGACGAUAGAGAAAUACCCAACAGUUCAGCAUGGCGUCCUAUCUGGGGCUGAGAGGGAGGUCGUUGACGACUGUGAUAAGUGCAACGAUGGGGCUCUGUUUUCUAUGCUUCGGCUACGCACAAGGAGUAUUGGGAGGUCUUUUGACCGUUCCAGCAUUUCUGGAACAGUUCCCCCAGUUGGAUGUCGUCAAUGACAACACGGCGCAUAGAGCAAAGAUCGUGGGCGCGGUCAUGGGCACUUGGAACCUCGGGUGUUUUGUCUCCGCCAUUCUCACAGUAUUCCUCGGGGAUUACCUUGGGCGUAAGAAGACACUGAUGCUGGGCCUCACUAUCUGGAUGAUUGGAGAAUUGGUUCAAUGUACGAGCUACAACUUUGGACAGUUCGUCGCCGGAAGGUUCAUUGCUGGAUUCGGCAACGGCUUCACAACAGCUACCGUGCCCGCCUACCAAGCCGAAAGCGUAAAGUCGCAUCGCAAAGGAACAAUUCUUAUGAUCAGCGCAGGCGCAUUCAUUGCUCUGGGCCUUGCGCUCUCUUACUGGGUCGUCUUCGGCCUCGCAUACGUAUCCAACUUCUCAGCGGCCUGGCGCGUGCCCAUCGCGUUGCAAAUUACAUUUGCGCUUGCCGCUUCCGCGGUCUUGAUUUUCCUGCCGGAAAGUCCAAGAUGGCUGAUUCUCACGGGCCGCGAGGAGGAAGCAUUGCGCGUGCUCAGUGCAUUGAAUGACGAGGAUAUCGAAGGACCAGAGAUUCGAGACGAGUUUCUGCAGAUCAAGGACGCGAUUUUGGUCAUGGCGCAAGGGAGCACGUCUAGCCUGGCGAGUAACAAAGAAAGGAGAAAUGCGCAUCGCGCUGUGCUUGCAUACAUGGUGCAGGUCUUCCAGCAAAUGUCUGGAAUCAAUCUCGCGCUGCAAUAUCUCGCCAUCAUGUUUGCAGUACAGUUGGGUUUCACUGGAUGGGUAGCUCGACUCUUGGGUGCAUGCGCAGCGACCGAGUUCUUUCUGAGCUCUUUCAUUGCCGUGGUUGGCAUCGAUCGCUUCUGGGGGAGGAGGAGUUUGAUGAUGUUCGGAGCCGCUGGCAUGUCGCUUUGCAUGGUGAUGAUUACAAUCUUGUUGUAUCUGUAUCAGAUCCAUGGAGUGUAUGGCACAAACAUUGCUGCAGCAGUAUUCUUAUUCGGGUUUUCGACAUUCUUUGCCAUUGGAUGGCAGGGUAUGGCCUGGUUGUAUCAAGUAGAAGUUGUUCCCCUUCGCAUCAGAGGUCCUGCCAACGCGCUCAGUACGAGCGGGAACUGGCUCUUCAACUUCAUCGUCGUCCUCAUUGCUCCAAUUGCCUUUCACAACAUCGGCUGGCGCACCUACAUAAUCUUCGCAUGCACCAAUGCGGCAAUCGUGCCUCUUGUGUACUACUUCUACCCCGAAACCGCAUAUCGCUCUCUCGAAGAAGUCGACCUCCUCUUCCACCUCGCCAACGAAACACCAGGAAACCCCUGGCUAAACGUCGUCCGCAUCUCCAAAGAACAACCCCUCUGGUACGGCAAGAAAGGCGAUAUCCCCUUCGACUACGAGAAAUCGGACUGGCACCAACACUACCACCAAGUCCCCAGCAGCGGCACAACACUCGGCACAGGCUCCAAUCCGCACCGCACAGCCGCACGAAGCGCACCGCGAGCGACCACGUCGUCGGGCGAAGCUACAUCAAACGGAGCGAGUCCCAUGCGUCCCAACACAGCAGACAUCAUUAUGACCGAGAAACACACUCCCCCACGCCACCCAUCAUCCAGCCCCUCAUCAUCACCACCAAACAUCUACCAAUCUCCAUCGUACCCUCCUCCCUUAACCCCACAAGAAUCCCCCAUCCUCCCAGCAAAAUCCCACCAUCCCCCCCCUCUCUUCGCAGCACCCCCAUCAAACCCCUCCCACCGCUCCACAAUCUCCUACCCGUCCCUCUCCCCCUCCCCUUCCAUCCGCCCCUCCGAUCUCGACGACGACAAUGAAGAAGACAUCGACGACUUCUCAGACGAACGCUCAACCUACAGCGUCCCCUCCCUCCCCCGUCCCCGCUCCUUCGGCGGCAUCCCCCCGCCCCCGCACUGGUCCACGUCCGCGCUCGCCCCGCAGCCGCUGCGCGUCGCGUCCAUGCCCGCGAGGCAGGGCGCGUAUGUGCGCGAGCGCCGCGCUCGGGGUCGCAGGGACUGGGGCGAUUUCUUCUGGGCCGGCGGCGCCGUCGACUUCAUUCACGACCACGCUGCUGCCGCUGCUGCUACUAACGAAGAAGAAGAUGCUGCAGAGGAGGAUCAGCGGAAUGCGUUCGAUGGCGCGUUGAGCGAUGCUGGGUUGGUCGUUGAUGAACACCCUCGCGGCACUACUGCUGCUUCUACUACUACUUCUCUUCACCGAAACAGAAACCAUCACAGAUAUCGGAAUCGGGAUCGGGAUCUCGAUGCCAAUGACGCCGAUUAUGAUGAUAAUAGCGGCGACGACGGCGACGACGACGACGAAGACGAUGUAGAAGAUGAUGGGACGGCGUUUUAUCCCGGUCGAUUGGGGAGUGCGGAUCGUCGCGUUAUUCAGCGCGCCAGCGGCGUUAUGAGGUCUGGGAGUGGGCGUGUUACGUAUCUUGCUGAUGGCGUUGGGGAGGGGAGUCGCGGGAGCAGUUUUGUCGGCGUUGCUGGUGGGGGUGGUGGUGGUGGUGGUGGUGGUGGAGGAAGUGGUGGUGUGGAUGGUUCUGGUUCUGGUGCUGGAGGGGAAGUCGGACGAGGAGAGAGAAGAAGGACUACCGUGGGUGUGGCUAGGGAUGCUGGGAGAGGGUUUUGAUGGUAUGUCGAGAGGAGGGGGCAGUCUAGGAAAAUAAGGGAAGGGAUGGGAUGGGGGUUGCUGUUGCGUAUUUGUGCAUUCAUAUAUAUAUCAAUCAAUUUAUUGAUGGUUCGCUUUUUUUCUU